CCCAUGAUUCUGUUCGUUCGCCCUGUUCCAAUAGUCCAAGCAUGAAGAUGCAAUGAUCUAUAGGUUGUUUACACGAAGUUUGCACAUACUAAGAAUGGCAGCUCCGAAAAAAGUAUCUAUAAUAGGCUCCGGAAACUGGGGUUCUGUGAUAUCUCGCAUUGUGGGCGCCAAUGUGAAAGACCAUCCGGAUUUAUUCCAACAAACGGUGCAGAUGUACGUUUAUGAAGAGCUAAUUGAAGGAAAGAAGCUCACAGAAAUUAUCAACACGGAACACGAGAAUGUGAAGUACCUCAAAGGUUUUAAACUGCCGGACAACAUUGUAGCAAACCCAGAUGUAGUAGACGCAGCCAAGGAUGCAGAUAUUCUUGUGUUUGUUGUACCUCACCAGUUUGUAAAGGCAGUUUGCACCAAGAUGAAAGAAGUGGUGAAACCAGGUGUAAUUGCAAUUUCCCUUAUAAAGUUUGGCAUCCCCUGUGAAUUCAUGAGAAUUGAUGCAAUUGCUGACAAGACUCACAUUAUGACCUGGCAAGAAUGCCGAAAGAACAGCAUAGACAGAAAUGAGGCUCUUAAACGACAGGCUAGCAUCAGGGGUCUUGAUCAUGCAAGCACUGGAAUUAAUCUUGUGUCGACCAUGAUUAAAGAAGCUCUGGAAAUUCCUCAUGUCAGUGUCUUGAUGGGAGCAAACCUUGCCAAGGAAGUAGCCAGAGAGAUGUUUGGAGAGGCUACUAUAGGUUGUCGUAUGGAAGAACAUGGUCCCAUCCUUAAGGAUUUGUUCCAUACAGAUUAUUUCAAAAUCAAUGUUGUGUCAGAUGCAGACACGGUUGAACUCUGUGGCUCACUUAAGAAUGCUGUGGCAGUUGGAGCUGGAGUUGUGGAUGCCUUAGGUUAUGGUGACAACUCCAAGGCAGCAGUCAUUCGCAUUGGACUCAAAGAAAUGAUUCAGUUUGCUCGAAGAUUCUACGAUGAUGUCAGACUGGAGACUUUCUUCGAAUCAUGUGGAGUGGCUGAUUUAAUAACUACUUGUUAUGGUGGAAGAAACAGGAUAGCCGGAGAAGAGUUUGUGAAGGGAAAGACAUUUGAAGAAGUUGAACAGUACAUACUUGGAGGGCAGAAGCUUCAGGGGCCCCACACAGUUUAUGAAGUGUAUCAUCUUCUCAAGGACAAUGAUUUGCUUUCUGAGUAUCCUCUGUUUACUGCCAUCUACAAUGUGUGUUUUGAGAAGCAUCCUCCUUCAGAGAUGAUAGAAGUCCUCAAAAGACAUUUGUAGAACUGAGUCCUAUGGUUGUAAUCAUGGUGUCAACAUUGUCUUAUAUUUAUUCAAAUUUACAAUGAUUUAUAAUAUUUUUUUUGUAUAAUGAGUCCACAUGGCAACAUGACAUAACUUUACCUGAAAUAUAAAGUUUAAUACUCCAGACUAUGAGCAGUCCUUCCUUUUCUGCAAAGUCUGUGGCGUUAGUAAAAAAAAAAUAGUAAAAAAAACUGAUGUAAGUGUGUUGCAUGGAACUCUUUGGGCCUCACUUCCAGUGUUCCACACUGCUGUGUGCUAGCAUCAAUCUUUUUCUUUGCCGAUUAUUUUGGACGUCUGACAGAAUUUGUUAAAAGGAGCAACUGCUGGUAGUCUAAUGUUACUCAGAAAUUUACAGUUUUGAUGAAAAUUUAUAGCCCAAUUCCAAGUUCAAAAUCCUUCCAUUUAAAAAUUAGGCCAGGUGCCUGUGAAAAUGAGUUUUAUUCAUGUGAGAAUGCCUUUACACUCAUCUUGAAACAGAGGCCUUAGACAUCUAGGAAGUAGCCUCAUAUUCUUCUCAAAGGAACCUUCAGCAACUAAAAUUAACACAUGCUUUAGUUGAUCCUCUGCCCUGGCGGCAACUCCAUUGAACAUUGAAUUAUUGAAGCAGUUAAACUAAAACAGAAAUUUACAAGCACAAAACUUCAGCUAGAGAAAAAAGAGUGCACUCAACGAAUAACACUUGCAUUUGUUGCUGGGUUGCUUUAGCUGCACUGAAUGAGACUUCAACUCUAUUAUUAAUUACUACUCAUACCAGUAGAACUAACUGAGAAAACUACCGCAAACAAUAAAUUUUAGCUUUAUUAAUGUUGAUAAUAAUUCUGAUUAUGGGAUUUAGCAAUGGACAUUCCAGGUGGUGUCUCUUUUUGUCUACUGUUCUUAGGUUGAUUUGGAAUUUAGAACUAACUACUUAUCCAAAUAAGUUACUCUAGAUUUUUGCAAUAAUGCAUCCCACAGAAGCCAUGAAAAAUUAAAACAUUUUCAAACAAAACAAUGUUAAAAAGUGUUAAUGAACUGGUGUUUGGAUCUUACGGACAAAUGACUUAAUUGUUUAAGGCUUUUAUAUUUGUAGAUUUUCUCUUAGGUAAUGUUUAUUGACAUUUUCAUCAUCAUCAUCAUCAUUGCUCCUGUUUUCAAACUUUUUCUAGAAGAUAUCAAUGUGGACAUGGUUGUCACAAGGAGAAGGGAAGAGUCAUUUAAAAUCUUUUUUCUCUAUUUUUUUGGUCCAGUAACAACACUCAUCUCUUAGUUAAAGUUGUCCAGGUAGAAUUUGCCAAAAUACCCAAGAAGUCAAGAAAAUUGGGCAUUCGAAAAUGUCGUGUAAAAUUAGCAUAAUGCCGUGGAGUCAUUAGAUAGAUGUAAUUAUUGUUGUAAUUUUUUUUUUUGUUAAUAUAUGGGAAUUAAAUUAUAUUUUCUUUUCA